CUCCAGCUCUGGCAGUGGUGGUUGCGUUGGUGGAGGUGGCUCAAGUUAUGGAGGAGGAGGAAGCUCUGGCAGAAGAGGAUCCAUCUCUGGAGGUGGAGGAGGUGGCUCUGGUAUGGGAAGCUCCAGCUCUGGAGGUGGCAGCUCUGGAGGUUGGGGCUCCAGCUCUGGCAGUGGCAGAUGCAGUCCCCAUGGUGGGGGAAUGAGCUCUGGUGGUGGCAGCAGCUCUGGCAGGAGAGGAUCCAUCUCUGGAGGUGGAGGAGGCGGCUCAGGUAUGGGAAGUUCCAGCUCUGGAGGUGGCAGCUCAGGAGGAGGCUCAGGAUUUGGAGGAGGAAGCUCCGGUCAUGGAGGCUCCAGCUCUGGAGGUUGGGGCUCCAGCUCUGGCAGUGGCAGAUGCAGUCCCCAUGGUGGGGGAAUGAGCUCUGGUGGUGGCAGCAGCUCUGGUAGGAGAGGAUCCAUCUCUGGAUCAGGAGGAAGCUCUGGUCAUGGAGGCUCCAGCUCUGGAGGCUGGGGCUCCAGCUCUGGCAGUGGUGGUUGCAUUGGUGGUGGCAGCUCAGGAUAUGGAGGAGGCAGCUCAGGUAUGGGCAGCUCCAGCUCUGGAGGUGGCAGCUCUGGAGGUGGCUCAGGGUAUGGAGGAGGAGGAAGCUCCGGUCAUGGAGGCUCCAGCUCUGGCAGUGGCAGUUGCGUUGGUGGAGGUGGCUCAAGUUAUGGAGGAGGAGGAAGCUCUGGCAGGAGAGGAUCCAUCUCUGGAGGUAGCUCUGGAUCAGGAGGUGUGUCAGGAGGUGGCUCAGGAUACGGAGGAGGAGGCAGCUCAGGCAGAAGAGGAUCCAUCUCUGGAGGUGGAGGAGGAGGCGGCUCAGGUAUGGGCAGCUCCAGCUCUGGAAGUGGCAGCUCUGGAGGUGGCUCAGGAUAUGGAGGAGGAAGCUCCGGUCAUGGAGGCUCCAGCUCUGGAGGUUUUGGCGCCAGCUCUGGUAGUGGUGGUCGCAUUGGUGGUGGUAGCUCUGGGUCAGGAGGUAUCUCAGGAGGCGGUUCAGGAUAUGGAGGUGGCAGCUCUGGAGGAGGAUCGGGAUUUGGAGGGGGAAGCUCAGGUCAUGGAGGUUCCAGCUCUGGAGGUUGGGGCUCCAGCUCUGGCAGUGGCUGUUGCACUGAGGGAGGAUACGGAGGAGGCUCAAGUUAUGGAAUUGGAGGCAGCUCAAGCAGUGGAGGCUCCGUCUGUUGUGGCGGAGGAGCUUCAGUCUAUGGAGGAGGUGGAAGCUCAGGCAGUGAAUGCUCCAUCUCAGGAGGUGGUGGGAGCUCUGGGUCAGGAGGUGGGGUGUCGAGCUGUGGAGGUAUCUGUGGCUCUGGCAGUGGAGGGUAUGGCUCUGGAGGUUGGGAAUCCAGCUCAGGGGGUGUCUAUGGUUCUGACAGUGAAGGUUAUGGCUCUUCCUUUGGUGCUUCCUCUGGAGGGGAAGGGGGUUAUGGUGUGGGCAGCUGUGGAGAUGGGACUCCCGAAGGAGGGUGUCCUUCCCGAAGGCGGGUUUACUGGUCUGUCUUUGGAAGUGGAUCUGAUUCUUCUGGAGAUGCACCCCAAAACUGAUAUUUCCAUGCCAAAAUCUGCCAGAAGAGGGAUGGAAGAAGACAUUGAUCUCACCUUUGAGGCAAUGGUUUCUUCUCCAUCACUGAGUCACUGCUUCUCUGAAUGGGUCACACAUAAUCCUGAGCUCUCCUCUUCCUCCACAGCCAUUCUCCAACCAUACACCCCGGGUCUAGGGCAUGGUUGUGAUGGUUGCUCUUGUUUCUUCAAGUGUUCUCUGAGCCCUUGAGCUCAGCUCUUUGGAACUUUUGUCUUUGGCAACUAAAAGCUUGAAACCCUG